AUGUCCGAACCCAUCAGGAACAAGAAGGCAGAUAUUCCCAUCGCGCCGACACCACAAAACACUCCAGCUAACAAUGCUCCCAUCUCGUCCCAUGCCCAGCAACCUGGCAUUGCUAGCAUCAAAGAAGAAUCUCUUGACCAUGCUACGGCCGCAUCCCUUUUCGCACGCAAUCCAGGUCUAGUCUCCAUGAUCCAAGGAAAGUUGGGCUCUCUCGUCGGCCGCUCUUCAGGCUACAUCGAAUCUCUGCCUGUCUCCGUCCGCCGGCGGGUUGCUGGAUUGAAGGGCAUCCAGAAAGAGCAUGCUAAGCUGGAGGCUCAAUUUCAGGAAGAAGUGCUGGAGCUCGAGAAGAAGUAUUUCGCAAAGUUCACUCCUCUCUACGAGAGACGUGCCACAAUAGUCAAUGGAGCCACGGAGCCUACUGACUCGGAGGUCGCAAAUGGCCGUGACGAGGAAGAAGACGCCGACAUCGAAGGCGAAGUUAGCAAGGAUGAAGCUGAUGAGUCGACAACAUCUGGUAUUCCCGAGUUCUGGUUGUCGGCUAUGAAGAAUCAAAUUUCCCUUGCAGAUAUGAUCACCGAACGCGAUGAAGAGGCUCUGAAGUAUCUGACUGACAUUCGGAUGGAAUAUCUCGAUCGCCCUGGUUUCCGACUAAUUUUUGAGUUCUCUGAAAAUCCAUUCUUCUCGAACAAGUCUAUUUCGAAGACCUACUACUACAAGGAAGAGAAUGGAUACGGGGGUGACUUCAUUUACGACCAUGCGGAAGGUACCAAGAUCGACUGGAAGACAGAUAAAGAUCUCACCGUCCGGGUGGAGAGUAAGAAGCAGAGAAACAAGAAUACCAAGCAAACUCGUGUUGUCAAGAUUACCGUUCCCACGGAGUCUUUCUUCAACUUCUUCUCACCCCCGCAGCCCCCAACCGAUGAUGAUGACACUGUCGCCACUGAUAUCGAGGAGCGUCUUGAGCUUGACUACCAGCUUGGCGAAGAUAUCAAGGAAAAGCUUAUUCCUAGAGCAAUUGACUGGUUCACUGGGGAGGCUCUUCAAUUUGAGGAACUCGGUGAUGACAUGGAUGAAGAUGAGUUUGACUUGGAGGAUGAUGAAGAUGACGAAGACGAAGACGAAGACGAUGAGCGAGGUACCGAUCGUGAUAUUGACGAGGACUCAGAGGAAGAGGAUGGCACCUCCAAGCCAAAGAAGGAGGCAGCAGAAUGCAAACAAAGCUGAGCAAUAUGGCUUGUCUUUACGCAGCCACGAAAAGUGUAUCUCAGCCAUGACCGGACUUUCAGCUGCUUGAUUAUCUCCGCUGUUUUGUGUUGUGCCCUCUGUGCCUUUCUUCCAUUCAAUAAUGCGUCAAAUUGUUUUUUAUUUCAACUGCCUCUUACUCCUAAUCUCCUAUUUGUGUUUAUGCACCAGCAAAGUAUGCGGAAAUAAACAUGUUCCUCAAAGUCAUGAAGUUCCAUGAUUUUGCGUCGACUUCUGUAUCUUCAGGCGGCAGUCCUACAAAAUCUUAUCGCCGUUGACUCACCAUAGUAUGGCCUUCGUCAGACCACGGG